GCAUACACUGCAUGUAAAACUCUAUUACCUUUAACCUGUCUCCAUGUUUUACUAGGGCCUAAAAAGACAAAAGUUGAUUAUGUUUGCUGCUGUUUCUGUUCCAAAGAAGUGUCGAUACAGAAGGUUGAAUUGGUAACCGGAACAUAAUUAUGAUGGGUGUAGCUAGCUACGUGUUGUGUAUCAGUAAAGCAGAACAAAUGUCUCAUCCUGUCUCGUACUUAAGUUGAAAUGUUUAUUCCAUUA